AUGAAGACUGGGAGAGACCCCACGUCAAUCCUUCAUCACUGCCAUCUCGGGUCAGCUGCCUCACUCGCCUCACUGUGCUGUGCGCCCCUCUCCCCUUUCCUCCCCACCCUGUGCGCCCUUCCUUCUCCUCUCUUCACCCCUCCCCACCCACCAUUUUGCUUCAAUCUCCUGCCCCACUCUAUCUCCUGCCCACUCUAUCUCCUGCCCACUCUACCUCCUGCCCACUCUACCUCCUGCCCACUCUACCUCCUGCCCACUCUACCUCCUGCCCACUCUAUCUCCUGCCCACUCUAUCUCCUGCCCACUCUACCUCCUGCCCACUCUACCUCCUGCCCACUCUACCUCCUGCCCACUCUACCUCCUGCCCACUCUAUCUCCUGCCCCACUCUAUCUCCUGCCCACUCUAUCUCCUGCCCACUCUAUCUCCUGCCCACUCUACCUCCUGCCCACUCUACCUCCUGCCCACUCUACCUCCUGCCCACUCUAUCUCCUGCCCACUCUAUCUCCUGCCCACUCUACCUCCUGCCCACUCUACCUCCUGCCCACUCUAUCUCCUGCCCCACUCUAUCUCCUGCUCACUCUAUCUCCUGCCCACUCUAUCUCCUGCCCACUCUAUCUCCUGCCUACUCUACCUCCUGCCCACUCUAUCUCCUGCCCACUCUACCUCCUGCCAUGUCCGUGCCUACUGCCCAAGGGAGGGGAGCAGGGAUGAAGCAGGCAUGUGAUGUGAUGGAUGGGCGGGUGGUGUGGGGCGCGAGUCGCCAUGCCAGCAAGUGGUGGGUGGAGUGGAAUCCGCUUCUAUGCUCAAGCGCACCCUCCCCUGCCCUCACAUUCCCCUUGCUGACCUCAUCAGGGCCACCAAUGGUGAAGCGCAUGAGAGGGGGGCCGCCGUGGGAGUCACUGGAGGCCCAUGCGUUGGCCUUGGCGCGGGUGGGGCACCCCAACGUGCUCCGCCUCGUGGGGUGGUGCAGCUGGCAGGCUAAGGGGGGCAGCGAGGGGCUGCAAGAGGCAGGGCAGAGGGGAGUGCGGGAGGGGGGAGGGGAGGGGGGUAUGCAGGAAGGGCGGGCGCGGGGAGAGGAAAGGGGCGGGCAGGAGGGGGGAGAGGAGGGGGCCAGGCAAGAGGGGGGAGAGGAGGGGCAGGUGUUGGUGUACGAGUGGAUGGAGAGGGGCAGCUUGCAGGCGGUUCUGCAGGCAGGGGGUGCUGCAGACAGCUCAGCCCCUCAAGCCCUAUUGUUGUUGUAG